AUACUUUCCACAUCACUGCGUUUGAAACUGAAAGUGUGAAAUGUCAGCUGCCGCGAAAUGUUAUUCAGGUUUCUUUUGUGCGACUUUCUUUACUUUACUUCGUUAUUUGUACUAUUGGUCAUACAGUAGACGCUCACAAAUUAGAACUCUCAGAAAUUAGAACAUCCAGAAAUUAGAACCAGAGUUUUUAAUGCAUUGGACGCUCUGAAAUUAGAACUUGAAGUUCUAAUUUCUGAGCAUUUUUUUUUAUUUUAAACACAACCAUUUUUUGUUUGCAUUGACCGCUCUGAAAUUAGAACUUGAGGUUCUAAUUUCUGAGAGCUUUUUUUUUUCAUUUUUAACACAAGGGAAUUCCCAUUCUUGGUUUCUAUUUUACUGAACAAAUGUAAAAUAGAAAGGGGAAUCCCCAAGUAAUAUUUUAGUUUUUGUUUUGCCUUAUUUUCCUAAUUUCUGAGAGUUUUUUUUUCAUUUUUAACACAGGGGAAUUCCCAUUCUUGGUUUUUAUUUUACUGAACAAAUGUAAAAUAUAAAGGGGAAUCCCCAAGUUAUAUUUUAGUUUUUGUUUUGCCAUAUUUUUGGUGUUUUUGUCAUUCGUAUGUGAAAUUUGAUACGCGUGGACAUAUUUUGCUAGACUCUACCGAAAACUAAAAAUAACUUAAAAAAUAUGUCAAAUAAACGUAAAAAAAACACUUUAUCUUUGGAAACCAAAGUAAAGAUAUUGGAAAAGCUGGACAAAGGAGUUCAAGGGAAUCGUCUAGCGCUAGAUUUCAACGUGAGCAAAUCUGCCAUCAGCUAUAUCAAGUCAAAUAGGUCAUCUAUAUUAAAUGCUGUUUCCAACACUUAUCAGGAAGCAUCAAAUAAAACUGUGCAUAGUGCCGAAUAUCCGAAAAUGGAAAGUCGUCUUUAUGAGUGGUUUUUAAAACAACGCGAAAGGAAGUGUACAUUGACAGCAACAAUAUUAAAGGAAAAAGCUAAACAAAUUUUUGGUGAAGAAUACCCCGAUAAAAAUAAAAAUGCAUUCCGAGCAAGCGAUGGAUGGUUUACUAAAUUUAAAAAGCGACACGGCAUUCGUUUUUUAAAAAUUGGUGGCGAGAUUCUUUCUAGUGAUAUUGCCUCCAUCACUCCAUUUAUUCACAGAUUCCGUGCAAAAGUCACUGAGAUGGGGUUAAUAGAGUCGCAAUUAUAUAAUGUGGACGAAACCGGAUUAUUUUAUCGUUGCCUACCAGAUAAAACAUAUGUCUCUGCUUGUGAAAAAAGUGCGCCUGGAUACAAAAUUCAAAAAGAACGAAUUUCAAUUUUACUUGGUUCAAAUGCUGAUGGCUCUCACAAAUUAGUGCCCUUAGUUAUUGGAAAAGCUAAAAAUCCCAGGAGCUUCAAAGGUUUUAAAAAUCCACUUCAUUACAACUUUUCCAAAAAUGCUUGGAUGACGUCUCGGAUCUUUCACGAUUGGUUUCACAAGAUAUUUAUUAAUGAAGUCAUCCAGUUUUCUCAAAAAAAUAACUUGCCUCCGAAGGCUCUUUUGCUUAUUGAUAACUGCUCCGCGCAUGCACCGAUUGAGCAUCUUCAAAGCAAAGAUGGCAACAUAGUUGCAUAUUUCUUGCCGCCAAAUGUGACAGCAGCUGUGCAACCAAUGGAUCAAAAUCCUAUAAAGUUAACAAAACUUGUUUACAGAAGUAAGCUACUUGCUGAAAUAAUAGCUGAAGGUGGUGCACUGAAUAGUCUGUUGAAAUCUCAUUCCAUCCGAAAGGCAAUAAUAUUUCUGAAACAAGCUUGGGAUGAGAUAACGCCAAAAGUGAUGAGGAAUUCUUGGUCAAAGUUGCUAAAUUGGGACUCUGACCAAUACGACAGCGAUGAUGAUGUGCCACUAGCAGAGUUGCUUAACAAAAAUGAGGACUGCAAUGAAUCUCUCCAAGUAAAUCAAACUCUUUUAGCAGAAAUUGAUCCAAACAGUUUCAUGUGUAUUGCUGACAUCGAGAAAUGGAAUGAAGAUGAGUUUGAAGACCGAACUGGUGAUGACCUAAGUAGCGAUGAUGAGUUUUCUGAUAGCAGUGAAGACGAUGUUGUUGAUGACACACCAGUUAUUUCAAAUGUUAUAGCUAUUGAAAGCGUUAACAAUUUAAUAAAUUGGUGCAACAAGAGUGAAUUGUCUUCCAGUAAGCACAUGGCCAAUCUUUUGGCCCUCCGUAACGAUAUUGUUAUAUCGGAUUUAAAGAAACCAAAAAAACAAACAAAUAUUACUGAUUAUAUGGCAAACAAAAAUUAAUUUUGAACUGAGCCCUUAUCCUGAGUUUUUAAUUAAUUUCUGAAAUUUUUAGUUGUUUUUUUUUUAAUAAUUGUUAUUUAAUGAACUGAAUUGUUAUGUUUUUUAAAAAAAUAAGAAAAGAAAUAAAAAAAAAUGUUUUUAUAUAGUUUUUGGAAGUGACUUAACUCUUAGUUUUAUUAUUCACGUUAAAAAAAAACCGUCCAGAAAUUAGAACAUUUCGGAAAUUAGAACUACCCCAAAAACAAAGUGGUUCUAAUUUCCGAGCGUCUACUGUAU